CCCCGGUCAUUUUUGGUCUAUCAUCUGACAACACAAACACAACGGAUGUUUCUACUCGGUCCACUUAAUAGUGUAGAAAUAUCAUCGGUCUCGUACAUAUCAGGUGUUAUGUCGAGUACUCUGUAUAGAAGGUCUCUAUCCUGCUAAAAAGGGUACGAAUGAUCCAGGUUAGGUCAUCCCCCGAACGAGUCUCUUUACUGUGUAGUCCUUUCUAUCUUUUGGAUCGGUAAUUACUUGUUGGAAAUGAAUACCCGUACUCCAUACCUGCGAAAUAAACCCGGACGGAAGCGGUGGAAGUUCGUGCCAAAAAGUCUACCUCACUAAUAAGCGGGACUGGCGAUCCAUAACUUGAUCGAUGGGAAGAGAAAAAAAAAAAGGUGUAACUUGUAAGAUGGAUACGAGUCCUAUUAUAGAUAUACAGUUCAUUCGUUUUCUUUUCUUUUGUUGUUCCUCGGUAGGAUUAAUAGGUAUAUAUUACUUUCAAUACUCUCCCACUUCUUUCUCAGAUUUUAGGAUGAAUGGAACGACUUAAUUUAACUCGGCUGGGCAUGGAGCAUGGGGAGGAGUCCACUUCCUCUGUCUAGGGAAUGAGACUGUUGUUCAUGGAUAGUAAAGCGC